AUGGCAGCCAAUCUAGGUCUUUUCCUGUGGGUUGAGAAUCAAACCAGGGAGUUUGUUUAUUGUGUGGUUAAUCCAAAGAAAGAUGGGACCAUGAUAACUAAGGAGGUGAAAUGGAUAAGGCUAGCCCCAGGCUGGGCCAAAUUAAAUACUGAUGGAUCCUAUACUGCUGCUAAUGGGCUUGCAGGUUGUGGUGGCCUUAUUAGGGGUAGCGAUGGCCAAUGGAUUACGAGGUUUGCCAAGUCCAUCAAUGUCUCCUCCAGCAUUGCAACUAAGCUAUGGGAACUAAGGGAGGGACUAACUAUUUGCAUGGAGAUGCAUUUACAGGCUGUAGAAGUUGAGCUUGAUGCAUCAGCAGCAAUUUCAUUAGUUUCAAGCAAUUUUUCUUCUAACGGGGACCUCUCGGGUCUUGUUGAUGAUUGCAAGGAGUUGUUGCUGCGAAUGUCUCAGGCUAAGGUGUCUCACUGCUAUGGGAUGCCAACUGCUACGUCGAUGCUUUAG